GAUCAUUCAGUCAUUCACACCGUUAGUUACCUGCUGGACGCGGCGGGGUGGAGACCUUCGCUGUAGUUGCUCUUCAACUUUCUGACAUAACUAUUUUUGUUUUAUGACUUUCGACGCGUGUAUCGUACUAUCGUGACUAGUGAUUGUAAACAGACUUAUAACACGCAUAUGAAAUGAUUUCCAGGCAUUCUCAUAAGAUAAUAUUGAGAAUUUUGGUUUGAAAGAAGGCUGGAGCGGAACUGUCUUGUCAGACUGCAAGGGAAGAGUGACCAUUGGAAGUUCGGGGUUCCAGUUUAAGUGAAUAGGUUGACCGCUGGUGUCUGAGUGUGAUAGUCUGUCCCUGAAGCAGUGGGCGGGGUGUGGCAGAGGAUGGGCGGCGUGUGGACGGGCGUGACGCUGCUGGUGGUGCUGGCGUGGGCGGGUGUGGGCGUCACAGGUCAUGGCAGACUCAUAGAUCCACCUGGCAGGUCAACAGCCUGGAGGUAUGGUUUCAAUACACCUCAAAACUACAACGACCAUGAAAUAUAUUGUGGUGGGUACGCUACCCAGUGGCAGCGCAAUGGUGGCAAGUGUGGUCCCUGCGGCGACCCGUGGCAUCUGCCCCAGCCCCGGGACAACGAGGGCGGAGGGAAGUACGGGCGCGGGGUGAUAGUGAAGAAGUACAAGCACAGCAGUACGGUCCAGCUGGGCGUCGAGCUCACCGCUAACCACUUCGGCUUCUUCGAGUUCCAUCUCUGCCCUCAUAACAACCCGGCUAGACCAGCAACGGACGAGUGUCUCAACAAAUAUAUCCUCCAGAAGUCAGAUGGUACUGGACCGAGGUACUUCCCAGGACCUGGUGCCAAGAAGUUCUAUGCCAAAUAUCGUCUUCCUCGAGGUGUAACGUGCACUCAGUGUGUACUACAAUGGCGCUAUGUAGCUGGCAACAACUGGGGCAAGUGUGAAAAUGGAACAGGUAUGGUAGGCUGCGGCCCACAGGAAGAAUUCCGCUCCUGUGCUGAUAUUACCAUCACUGAAGAGGACGGUUCCGCUGAUGACACACCCAGCACUGUGCCUGACUACGAUGAUUACAAUGAAGUAGAUGUAGACACUCAAGAAAAGCCUACUCUAGAUGCUGAAGAACAUGUCAACCACGUGGGACACAUCGUGGCACUUACUUUGUCCUUUUUGCUUAUACUCCUCAUACUUGUUGGUCUUGUUGCUUAUUUCUAUUGGGCACGUGAUGCACUUAAAGGUUUUAUGAAACAGAAAGCAGGACAGUGGUCUAAAAACGCUGCUCCAACACCACCCACAAAGCAGAGAAAUUCAGUAAUAACAAUUUCUGGUCCAAUUGGAGCACCACCUGUACCACCACGUCGUAAUCGAUCAACAUCUGGAGGGUCUUCAGUAGAAGCUAACUCAAGAGAAAUUCUGUCUAUUAGCUCUCCAACCAGGGUCACUAUUAAUGGCAUUGCAGUUAAUUCUAAUAAUGGAGGCAACAGUGCUGCACAGGCUCGCUUGCAUGUUCCAGAUGAUUAAUAACCUUACCUUACCUAUUUAAUUUACCUUGACUAGUAUGGUGUAUUUGUGUUUAUGAAACUUCUGCUUCCAGUUUGUAACAUUUAUAGAUGUUAAGGUCCACAUGAGACGACUCUGAACAGAUUACAGAUUUAACUUCAACAAAACAUAUGCAGUAGGCAAGAGUACAGAAUUUGAUAUGCUGUGCUGACAGCUCAACUUUUGAAAGUUUCUGAUGGUAUUGACUGGGGAAAGUAACUUUAUGGUGAUUGGUUAAAAGUUACAAAUGAAUAUCUUCUACCCCCCCGGAUGCUUGGCCUGGGGCAAAGCCUGGAGCCAUGCCUGGGGGGCUAGUUAACUGGCUGAUACAUGAAUGUUGAAAACUUUAGCCUCCUAGUUAUCUUGUACUGGCUGGUAGCCUCCUGGUUAUCUUGUACUGGCUGGUAGCCUCCUGGCUAUCUUAUACUGGCUGGUAGAAUCCUUAUCUUAUACUGGCUGAAACAAUUGGGUGACCUAAGCUAAUGAAAGGAAAGACAACCCAGAGGCUACCAAACUCGUGGAGAUACAGCUGUCAUCUUCGAGAUUUUCAAAACUUAAUGUCAGGGAAUACAGUAUAACAAAUUUCAGUGGAUACAGCAUUUCUGUUUUUAAAUAUUUUCUGUGUUCCUCUUUCAGCAUUCUUUUUAAUAUCUCCAUACAACGUACUAAAUGGGUGAAGAUAUUAUGCAACUUUCUUGUUUAUAACAUUGGCAAAAUGUAAUAAACAUGCUCCCUUUAAGCAACAGUGCUAAGAAAUCAUAUUGUAUUCCCCAAAAAUAUGAACGAAUGUGGUACUGGAACAUUCAAGUGUAUGUACUUGCCUAAUUGUGCAGGGAGAGGGUUGAGCCUUUACCUUUACAGUCCUGCUCACUUUUACUUUCAAUAAACUGGUGUACAAGUUCCUGACCAUUAGACUCUUAUGAUACCUUGUAUUUGAACUAUGUAUGGCAUCCUCCAUCACUUCACUUCUAUGUGCUCUCCAUUUGGUCACAAAUGACAGAAAAGCGAUUUCUAGUGCAUCUGUAGCUCAUUUUGGUACUCUGUUUCUGGCCGUGUUUCCUUGUUCAUGUACCACCCAUCCCAGGAUAAUGUCCUUGUCUGCUCCAAUUCCUAUAAGAGUGGAAUUGUGGUCUCUCGUGUCCUCCCUAGCUCUUGUCUUAUAUUAACAUUAGUUUUUAUUUAAUUAGCCUUUCCUGAAACUUAUAACUUAUAGUUCUGACUAGUCUGGAGGCAUACCUCUAGACUUUUUUUCCAACUUCCUUAGUGUUUUACUUAGUAAGGACUCCAUGCUUAUACUGCAUAUUUCAGGUUUAGCCCGACAUAUCUGGCAUACAAGGUCCUCAAUGAUUCCUUAGACUUCUGAAGGCAGUUCCUAUUGGUACACCUUGCAUACCCAAUUCUUGUGCCCACAUCAUUGCAUGCCUCUGUACCUUUUAUAUUUUAUUUAUAUACUACUUAAUAUGAGGACAUAUUAAGUAGUACCCUGUAUAUAAAGUCAGGUUCUGUGGCAUCUUUUCACAUGAUUUGUUAGACCGAGUGUGCUUGGUCUGACUUGCCCUGCAUUAAAUUACAUGGCAUUUAUCCACACAAUUUAAUUUGCCAUGUGUUGCUGCAUGUGCUCAUUUUGUUUACAUAAUUUGAGUCAUCUAGAACCCUUAUUUUUCUUAGUAGCUUAACAUCAUCUGUAAACAUGUUCAUAUAACUCGGUAUGCCUUUAGGUAGAUCAUCUAUACAGACUGUGAUCUUCUGUAUACAGUACAUGUUUGGGACUGAUGCUAAACUACUGGAAAGACUACAAUACUUAGAUGAAUGACAUGACCAGAGAUAAAAAUAAGUGCAUGGAGCAAAACAUACAUAUAUACUGUACACACAUGCACAAUAAUAUAUAUAUAUACCGUAUCUGUUGUACCUAUUAGCCAAAACUGCACUAUGUCUAGAACGUUAUGGGGUCCUUUUUUAUCUAGCUAGUGAUUUUUGUUAAUGGAGACCAUAAAUUUCUAAAUUAGGCCUAGUUUUAGCAAUGUUAGACAGUGCUAGUAUUGAGAAAACUUGGCAUAUUAAGGUUGUCAGGUUUCUAAAUUAUUUUUUACUUUUUUUUAACAAAAUCAUCAUGUGUGUUCAAUGAAAAACUAUCAUUCCAUAAGUAUUUUUUUUAAUUUAACAUUUAAAGAAAAAUUGAUUUCUUGGACACUGGCUAUUAGGUAUGACACAUUUGCAAAAUAGUGCCUCAUAUAAAACCAAAGUAAAUAGAGUACUUAGCAGAAUUCAUUGUUUUAAACGUGAUCAAUGUAUACAUUUGGAGUACAGUAUUCCACUUGCUUUAGUAACACAUUGAUAGAAAAACUGUCAACGGGGUCUUCGAUGAACCUUCAACACUACUCACUGUUGAGGUAAAAACUGUAGUGUGUAAAGUAAAUUUUUUUAAUACUGCAACAAGUAAAAUUAACUGUCACUACAAAAUGUAUUGCACGAAUUGAUCAACUGAAAAACUGUAAUUUGUAAAUGGAUAUAGAUUGCGUGUUACAAAGGUUAGCUGUAUACAUAUACUAAUAGAUAGUGCGUUAUUAUAAUUGUGUAUACAAAUUUUCUGUGAUUUAAUACAUAAAUUACCCUUUA